CAGAGGCACACUGAGCAUGCUCCUGACUUCUUUGCCCUUACAGUCGCUUUUAACAUGGCAGACUGGCUGUAUCUCUAGUGGGGCUGCACGUGUGAAUGUGGCAGCAGCUACUUAUUGGAAGUUCUGCAUAAAGAGGACGAUAUGAGAAAUCUAAAACUGUUGAGAACGCAAGAAUGCCAGCCUGUCCAAGCACUUGGCACCCCUCAGAGUUUCACUCUUCGUGUGGACAGAAGGACACUCUUAAUCAGUACAGAAUAUGGAAUUGUGGAGUUGGAUCCUCUCACACAAGAGGUCAUAAAAGAAGUUCCUUUAACAACUGAAGGUUUUCUACCAGAAGAUGGGAGUGGAUGCAUAGUGGGCAUUGAGGAUUUGCCAGAUCUAGAGUCUGUCUGUGUCGCUAUCGCAACUGGAGAUGUUAUACUGUGCAAUCUGAACACCAACCAGCUGGAAUGUGUUGGCAGUGUGGACAGUGGUCUCACAGUGAUGAGCUGGAGUCCUGAUCAAGAGCUUGUCAUCCUUGCUACAGGACAGCAGACUCUCAUUCUGAUGACAAGGGAUUUUGAACCAAUUGCAGAAAGGGAAAUCCACCAAGAUGACUUUGGAGAAGGGAAGUUUAUUACUGUUGGUUGGGGUAAAAAAGAAACACAAUUCCAUGGCUCAGAAGGCAAACAGGCAGCUCGAACCAAGCCAGUGGAAGUGUUUCCUGCUUUGUCAUGGGAUGACCACAGACCUCGGAUCACAUGGAGGGGAGAUGGACAGUAUUUUGCAGUGAGUGCUAUUUGCCCAGCGACAGGGUCUCGGAAAAUCAGAGUAUGGAGCAGAGAGCUUGUUUUGCAAACUACAAGUGAGCCUGUCCCUGGAUUAGAACAAGCACUGGCUUGGAAGCCCUCUGGAAGCUUGAUUGCAUCCACCCAAGAUAAAGCCAACAAACAAGAUGUUGUGUUCUUUGAAAAAAAUGGACUUCUUCAUGGUGAAUUUACACUUCCCUUCCAGAAAGGCCAAACUAAGGUAAAUGAGUUACUUUGGAAUUCAGACUCUACAAUAUUGGCUGUAUGGUUGGAAGAACUGAAAAAUGAGAAUAAUUCUCAACCAAAGAUGUACGUUCUUCUGUGGACAACUGGGAACUACCACUGGUAUCUGAAGCAAACCCUGCAUUUUGAUAACUCAGAGGGCAACCAGCCGAUUGUGUCCCUGACAUGGGACCAGGAGACUCCUUACCGACUUCACAUCCUCUGUCAGGAGUGGCUUUAUCUGUGUUAUGACUGGCAGUGGGCUACUGAUCGCAGCACCGGUGAAGGGGCAAAUGACGUGGCUAGUGUAGCAGUUAUUGAUGGAGACAAGGUACUGCUGACAGCCUUUCAGCAUGCUGUGGUCCCCCCACCCCUUUGCACCUAUCAGCUCCAGCUCCCCUGUGCAGUUAAUCAAGUGGCCUUCUCUGCUGAGCCUACUAGGAGUGGGGAUCUUGCUGUCCUGGAUGCCAGUCACAGGAUUUCCAUUUAUAGAUCUGGUGGCCAUACAAAUGUGGACUCCACAGUUAAAAUUGGUGCAGCUGGUGGUAAUACUUCUAGUGCUGUCCCUUGGCUGGAAAAAUCAUACAGAAUUGACUUUGUUGAUUACAAAGAUGGGAGAAAUCCACUGUGGCUUCGCCUUAUCACCUGGUUGCAAGAUGAUCUCCUCCUAGCUGCUAGCAAGGGACAGAUCCCAGCUAAUACUGUUAUUCACCAUCUGAAACUAUCUUCAGCAACAGAGAAAGGAUGUGUUGAUAUCAGCUCCCCUGUUACUGUGGCUGGAGAUGUAAUCAGUUUAUGUGUCAACGCAAAGACCAAAGUUGUGGCUCUGCAACUUUCUGAUGGUCAAAUAAUGAAGUAUCUCUGGGGAGCUGAGACACCUACGGUCAUCCCAUGGCUGAACACCAGUGGUUCAGCAGUGCAGUUUCCCUCUCCUUGUAUGCAGGUUGCACUGGCUAUGAUCAGUGGUGAAGAAACCAUCUUUGGCCUGACUGACAGAUGUCGUUUUUUUAUUAAUGACACAGAGGUUGCUUCAAAUAUCACUUCCUUUGCAAUCCAUGAUGAGUUUCUUUUGAUGACUACCCACUUGCAUACCUGCCAGUGUCUGUCUCUGAAGAACAUGUCUUUGAAAGCUUUGCAGUCAGGUUUGGCCACCACUUCUGUUCCGAACAGUGAAACACUACGCAAGAUUGAAAGAGGAUCUCGGAUAGUCACAAUUGUACCACUGGAUACAAAGCUAGUAUUGCAGGUGCCAAGAGGGAAUUUAGAAACCAUUCACCAUCGAGCCCUUGUUCUGGCCCAAAUUCGCAAGUGGCUGGACCGCCUCCAGUAUAAAGAAGCAUUUGAAUGUAUGCGGAAGCUGCGAAUCAAUCUCAACCUUAUUUAUGACCACAAUCCAAAGGUUUUCCUGGAAAAUGUGGAAACAUUCAUAAAACAAAUUGAUUCUGUGAACUACAUUAACCUGUUUCUCACAGAGCUGAAAGAAGAAGACUUCACAAAGACUAUGUACCCACCUCUAGAUCCUGCCAGUGCCUGUGAGCUUCCCGGUUCUGAUCAUAAAAAAGUUGACCUCAUCUGUGACUCUAUGAGAGCAGCCAUGGAGAACAUCAAUGCUCCUAAAUACUGCUUGUCUAUACUGACCUGUCAUGUGAAAAAGAGUCCUCCAGAACUGGAAAUUGUCCUGCAGAGAAUCCGUGAACUUAGAGAACAAGCGCCAGCAACAGUUGGAUCCAUUAGUGCGGAAGAAGCUCUGAAGUACUUACUGUACUUGGUGGAUGUCAGUGAAUUGUAUGACCAUUCACUGGGAACAUAUGACUUCGAUUUAGUUAUCAUGGUUGCUGAGAAGUCUCAGAAGGAUCCUAAGGAGUAUCUCCCAUUUUUAAACAAACUUAAGAAAAUGGAAAGCAAUUACCAGCGAUAUUCUAUAGACAAAUAUCUGAAGAGGUACCCAAAGGCACUCCAUCACCUCAGUAAAUGUGGACCAGACCAUUUUUCAGAGUUCCUGAACUUGGUGGUGGAUCAAAACUUAUAUAAAGAAGCCCUGAAACUGUACCUGCCAGAUAGUCAAGAAUACAAGACUGUCAGCUAUGCCUAUGGGGAAUACUUGAUGCAGAAGCAUCUUGCUGAGGAGGCUGGGCUGAUCUUCUUCCGUUGUGGUGCCUUUGAGAAAGCACUGGAUGCCUUUCAGAUAAGUGGAAACUGGCAGCAAGCCCUCUGUACGGCAGCUGAACUUUGUUAUCCAGAAGAUAAGCUGGCCAGCCUGGCAAGGAGCAUUGCAGGAAGGUUUACUGAAAAACAGAAGUAUGCUGAUGCAGCUAUACUCCUGGAACAAUAUGUGCAGGAUUAUGAAGAAGCCAUCUUGCUCCUCCUGGAAGGAUCUGCCUGGGAUGAAGCCUUGAGAUUAAUUUACAAAUAUAAUAGGAACGAUGUCCUGGAGACCAAUUUCAAACCAUCUCUGCUGGAAGUCCAGAAAAAUCAUUUGAUGUUCCUGGAGACUCAGAAGGCAGCAUUUUCUCGCCAUCGUAAGCGCCUCUCUGUGGUUCGAGAGCUGAAGCAGCAAGCCCAAAAUGAGCUUCUGGAUUUCGAAGGAACAAAUUGUCCAGAAUCGGACCUCUUCUCUGAUGCCAGCAGUUUGGUGACAGCUAGUGACAUGAGUUCAAAAUACACUCAUAGUAAUUCAAGAAUAUCUGCUCGCUCAUCUAAGAACCGUCGCAAGGCAGAGCGCAAGAAACACAGCCUGAAGGAAGGGAGUCCCUUAGAGGAUGUUGCUCUCCUGGAGGUUUUAGGGGAAAUAGUUAGGCGUAUCGACAGUCUUAAAGGGGAGGUACACAGCCUUUUAAAGUAUCUAGUCCUCUUUGGCUAUGAUGGACAAGCCCAGGAGUUGCAGCAAGCUUUUGAAGACAUCCUUCAACUGACACAGAACUCCGUCCUUGAAAUCUGGAGCCCAAACCUGCAGCAGAUUCCAGCCAGCCCAAUCCUGGGUCCCAAUUCAACUGCAAAUAGCAUUAGUGCUGCCUACAGUCAACAGAAAAUGAUGACUCCUGUAGCACAAGAUCCUGAAUUCUUUAUACCUCCCAAAUUCAACAAAAACAUUCAGUGGAAAUUGAACCUUCUCCAGUAAUACAGAUGUAUUCAUUAUUGAUGGAUUGAGGAUCCGCAUUUAAACAAAUAUUUCCUCUCAUGCUGAAACAAGUGUUUUCCCAUGAUUGUGCAGAUGACUGAUCAUGUCUCCUGAAGUGACAAGGGAUGGACAGGCCCAAACCAAGCACAGACUAACAUUACUGUAUAUAUCUGAUUAUGUCUUUCCUUAGUCUUUCCCACAGUACUGCCUGGAUAACCAGUAACUGCUUAAGCAUACCAGUGACAAACUAAACAAACAAUUUUGAUGAUUUUUCAACUAUUUUCAUUAUGUUGUCUCAAAACAACAUUUUUGCUCUUUGGGCCCCUUUUUGCCAGUUCAUAACAUAAAUGACCAAGUAGAGCAAAUGUGGAUAGCAUUUUCUUUUAAAUGUACAUAGCUUAGGUAAUACUGGAUACUAGUUAACCUGUAUGGUGAAGGCAAGUUGUCCAUGCCAUUGUAUUUAAAAAAAAACCUCUUGAACCCAGUCUUCAAGACAAUAUAGAUAGACAUUAAAUGUAUCAGCUGCGUAUCUGAUUAUGGAUCUUAAAAUACUAUGUUUUCACAAAAUGAGUAUUGAUGGAAACUAUCUCACAACCAAGGGAAAUUAAUAAAAAGUUGUUUUCCUCUGGCUCUA